CGGCAGCACAAUGGCAGCACCAGCAUCCCGCGCUCUCAGGCGCUGUAUCUGCACCGCUAAGCAGACCGCAUACGUACGGCCGACGAUUGGCGCCACACAGCAGAGGAUACAGCGGAGAUGGCAAUCGGAUUCGGCCGCUCCCACAAACCCCAAGAUUGCCACCAUUGUCGACCAGAUUAGCCAAUUGACUCUGCUGGAGACUGCGGAUCUGGUGUCAACCCUGAAGACCCGGCUGAAUAUCCCCGACAUGCCCAUGGGCGGCUUUGUUACUGGCCCAGGAGGCGCUGGCCCCGCCGCCGCCGCUGCCCCUGUCGAGGAGGAGGAAGCCGCGCCCGCAGCCCAAGAAAAGACGCUCUUCAACGUCAAGCUCGAGAAGUUCGACCCGGCCGCGAAGCCCAAGGUGAUCAAGGAGGUCAAGGCCAUGCUCGGCCUGAGUUUGGUGGACAGCAAGAAGUUUGUCGAAAGUGCGCCAAAGGUGAUGAAGGAGGGUGUGCCCAAGGAGGAGGCAGAGAAGAUUGUUGAGACGCUCAAGGCGCUCGGUGCUACUGUUGUCUUGGAGUAGAGAUACAAAAGCAAAAGGCGAUGGUUUGGAACAAGAGACGGACACUGUAUCAUAGCAUUGCGCGUGGGCGUGUACAGAUAUGUUUGGAAUGAUGAUGGAUGUAUUCAGUAUAUCUCAAAACUCCAAUAACAAUGGGGUGUCGUAAGACAGCCCGUGGUAUCUCUCCACCGUAACGCCUGACUGAUGUUGUGAUAUCCAUCCAUAUCCACCUGUGAACGCCUUCCAAACCCGUCUAUUCACCAUGCUAAACAGUCCACGCAUGCCCGCUGUGCCUGCAUUUUACAGGCUGCUCUCCAGCACCAGCGGUAUUGAAAGCAGCAUCUUCGGCUGCAAUACUAGCGCCAUUCUUCACCCUUUCCAACAUCCUCUCCUCAUCCCUGCUUGGAUCCUAAC